CAUUACAGCACAAUGUCCGGUGAUGAUAUAUCUCAUCAAAUUUUGGCCGUAAUCCAGGGCAUACCUGCAGGUGCCAAUAAUGAAGACUUGGGAAAAAGUCUGCCCGACAUUACGGCUGCCGUAAGAGUAGAAGGUCUUAAUAAAUUAUUAAAACAGGGCUCUAUAGAAAUUUUGAAAAAAGGCGACAAACUUUUCUAUCGAGCCAGAGAUCCGAAAAAGAGUGCUCUACCCAAAGAUGCAGACAACGAGGAGAAAAUUGUUUACGGUAUUAUUGAAGAAGGUGGCAGUAAGGGUAUAUGGAUUCGUGAUAUAAGAAUUCAAUCGAAUUUAAAUAUGACACAGCUAAAUAAAAUUUUGAAAAAUUUGGAAACAAAGAAAUUAAUUAAAGCUGUAAAAUCCGUUAAUGCUAGUAAAAAGAAAGUAUAUAUGCUAUACAAUCUUGAGCCGGAUCGUUCGGUAACUGGUGGUGCUUGGUAUCAAGAUCAAGAUUUUGAGGCGGAAUUUGUUGAUGUUCUAAAUCAACAAUGUCUACGAUUUUUGCAAAUGAAGCGUGAUAGUGCCGAAAAGAAACGUGAAGGCCCGCUGGCAUUUAAACAGCUUUCAUGUUGCACUGUCAAGGAGGUGCAUAAAUUUAUAUCUGAUCUGGGUAUUAGUAAGGUCAAACUGGAUGAAGAUGAUUUGGAAACAAUUUUAAAAACUGUUGUCUACGAUGGAAAUGCCGAAAGAAUUUUAAUGUCUGAUGGCAGUCAUGUUUAUAGAGCCAUAAAUUCUCCUUUGGCCCCUCCUGGCUUGGUCCAGAUGCCUUGUGGCAUAUGCCCUGUAAUAAAAAAUUGUUCAACAUGUGGUGAUGUAACUCCAACUAAAUGUCAGUAUAUGAAAGAAUGGUUGGAUUAAAAUAAAAUUGUACCAUUAUAAAAU